GGCCUCGCUGGUGAGUCCUCGGGGGAUGCCAUGGCCCCACCCUGCUGUCCCCAGCCCCACACUGGCCCUGGCAGGCUGGUCUCCUCUGUCACCCACAGGUGCCCAGACCACCCAGCUCCUGGUGGAUCCUCCCUGGAGGCCGGCGGUGCUGUGGGACCGGGUGACACUGACCUGCCAGGGCUUGGGGACCACCGGUGCCACCACCUGGUACAAGGAUGGGCAGCUCUGGUGGCAGGAGGGACCUGAUAACUUCACUGUCACCGAGAGAGGCACCUACAUGUGUCACAGACCCGGCACUGGGCUCAGCCCCCCUGUAAUGGUCUCAGAUGAUGAUCUGGUGCUGCAGGUGCCAACAGGGGUGCUGCUGGAGGGGGACACGAUGACACUGCGCUGUCGGUGCGGCCAUUGGAACCACACAGUCACCAGGGUGCGAUUUUACCAAGACGAGAAGGAAGUGAGGGGGUUCAUCAAUGGGACCGAGCUGCCCCUGUUCCCCCUGCAGUUGCACCACAGUGGCCACUACAGCUGCGGGGGCUUGGUGGGGUCCUGGCAGUCACGGUCAGCAGCAGUGGCAGUGACAGUGCAUGUGCCUGUGGACAAUGUCACCAUCACCCCCGGUGUCCUGGAAGUGACACCACAAGAUAAAUGGACUCACAGGGAAACAGGGGCCGCAGGGAUCGGUGGAGCCCUUUUGUUCCUGCUCCUGCUCAUGGGUGUCAUUGUGGCCUGGCACCGAUGGCACAGUGUGGCUGCCAGGAAGCAGCAGGAAAGGGCCCCCUUGGAUCCCCCGGCCCCCCCAGAGGAGGGGGAGGUGCUGUCACCCACGUGGUGGUCACCAAGAGGGCAGGGGGAUUCCCAGGUGACCUACGUGGAGCUGCGGGGACCCCAGGGGCAACCACAGGAACCCGGUGACAUCUAGAGGAAUGUGCUGUGACACUGGGGGAAACUGGGGGGCACUGGGGGUCCCCACCCAUGGGCACCCACUCAUGAGUGUGCUGCCACUAAAAACUGUCCCUCUCCCUCCCAGUGGGGGCACAAAGGUGCCAAAAGGCUAAGAGAAGAACAAUUUCCUGCAACAGUAAUGAGAGAAAAUAAAACCAACACAAACCGGAA